GGGAGUGUGUGUGUGUGUGUGUGUGUUUGUAUACCCGGGGCUGCAGCUGCUCUCCCUUUACCGAGGGCCAGCUGCUCGCCCCUUUCCACUCAUGUCUUCUCGCGGGGAACCGAGCUUUCGAGGCAUCGCUGCAAAACUUUCAAUGAUGUGACUGGCCCAACUGUAUCCAAACUUGUUUCCGUCUAUGUGUGAAGGGCAGCGCGGAGAUCCGAACUCGGCGCCAUGGAGGGGAAAGAGGCCAGUUUCUCCGACCGCUACGAACCGGUGGCCGAGAUCGGGGAGGGGGCGUACGGUAAGGUUUACAAGGCCAGAGACAGGAAGAACGAAGGUCGCUUCGUGGCUCUGAAGAAAGUGCGAGUUCAGACUGGGGAGGAAGGGAUGCCUCUCUCCACCAUCCGGGAGGUGGCUGUACUGAGGCAACUCGAAUCCUUCGAGCAUCCCAACGUGGUCAGGUUAUUUGAUGUAUGCACCGUGUCUCGAACAGACCGAGAGACAAAAUUGACUCUUGUUUUCGAACAUGUUGAUCAAGAUUUGACUACCUAUUUGGAGAAAGCCCCUGCACCUGGAGUUCCUCCCGAAACAAUUAAGGAUAUGAUGUUCCAGCUGCUUCGUGGACUAGACUUUCUUCAUUCACAUCGUGUGGUUCAUCGAGACUUGAAGCCCCAAAACAUACUUGUAACCAGCAAUGGCCAAAUCAAGCUGGCUGAUUUUGGCUUGGCACGCAUCUAUAGUUUCCAGAUGGCACUUACCUCAGUGGUUGUCACUUUGUGGUACCGGGCACCAGAAGUUCUGCUGCAGUCUAGUUAUGCAACACCUGUUGACCUAUGGAGUGUUGGCUGCAUAUUUGCAGAAAUGUUCCGUCGAAGUGCCCUUUUCCGUGGUAAUUCAGAUGUUGAUCAAUUAGGAAAAAUUUUUGAUGUACUUGGUCUUCCAAGUGAGGAUGAUUGGCCUCGAGAUGUGGCGCUACCAAGAGAUGCAUUUUCAACACGAUCUCCACAACCAAUACAGGACUUAGUGCCAGAGAUAAAUGAACCAGGGAAAGACCUGCUGCUGAAAUUUUUAACCUUUAACCCAGAGAAGAGAAUAUCUGCUUUCAGUGCACUGUCUCAUCAAUAUUUUAUGGACCAUGAGAAAUACACUGAGAAUCAGAACUUGUGUCUGUCUCCAAACCAGUCAUCUUCAGAGGGGAACACUGCUUAACAUCUGCUAGAAGAGCACAAGGCUGCAAGAUGUGCUGAUUUCUUAGGCGAUUUCAUUUGUCAAGCAUUGAAUUCUUGGUCAGACAUUAUACUCUCGCAAAGAUUACUUGACAACUCAAAUAUUUUACAGUAUGACACAAUCUCAUCAGUAUGCUGCUUUUAAAAUAUGCCUCUUAUUUGUGCUUUCUUGAUUAUAUAACCCAUUGGAGGUUUACUGUUAAUGAAACAAUGCAAAAACUGUUGCGGCUCCCCCGCCACAUCCUCCCUAUCCAUCCUGCCCCAGGAAAUUUCUGGACUCAGUUAGCUGCUGUCUAUUCACAAAUGCUGCAAAAGCUUGUUACCUGAAUAUGGCGUGCUGCAAAUGUGAAGUAUUUGGAAAAAUGGGAUAAAGUCACUGCCAAACUACCGAAUACAGUCACUGCCAAUCCUGCCAGAGUUUUUUCUCCAGCUGCUAUGGCCAGAAUUUGAACGUUAAAAGAUAAGGCAUAUUAAAUGUCCUCACUGAAGAAUGUAGUUUUUUUAAAAUGAUCCUUGAAUAAUAAACCAUUAAAAGUGAAAUGUAUUUCUUCAACCAUUCACCCAAGGUGCUGUGAACAUUUGGGUAUCAACAAUCUUUUAUAUCAACAACUAUGGAAAAGUUUCAGAAGUGAUUGCUGUGGCAUUAGCUGGAACAAAAGAUUUAACAGAACAGUUGGAAUUUAUAGAACUGCUUCAUAUUGUGCAAAUAAGAAGGAACAUUGUUUUUAAAGAAUCAUGACUACUUUUUUGCAUUUAUACAAGAUGCUUGUUUUAGAUGGUAUUUUUAUAUAAACUGCAACAGAAGACAAAGCAGUGAAUUUGGAAAAAUAUAUCUUAAGAAUUACAAGAUGCUUAACGUAUAUCAGUAUGUUUAAAUGCAAAAUGAAAAAGCUAGUGAACGAACCACAUGAAUUUUCAAUUUAUGAUGUUUUUCAAAUUUCACAGGAACACUCCUCCAUACCUAGUACUUGCAGGACAUUAUGAAGAAGUAAUGUGUGUUCAACUUGGGGUUGUCACAAUUUGCCAAACUUAAAACUGGAUAGACACGUCUAGGGACACGGUCAGCAUGAUGUAAUCUUUGUUCUUUUGUUGAUGAAAUUUAGUGGAAACUUGUAUAGGCUCGGUAACUGAUUCUUGCAGAUAAGAAGUAUAUUAAAAAUUAAGUUUCAGUGUAAAAAAUAUGACGUGACAAGUUUACGUUUUGGAAAUUGCCAGAUAAAGCAGACUGGCUGGGGCAAACUGGAUGGAGGGCAUCCCAGUCAAACUGCAAUGUUACAGAUGAGUGGAUAUGUACCCCAUUGUAGUUGAAUAAUUGUGGUGUAAUACAGCACUGAUGAAAUGACCUAACCCAAUGCGUAUUGGUAUCUUCCUUAUAAACUGUACUGUAGCAAUUGUGUUCAAGUGGAAAACCAUCAGCUUCAGAUGACUUUGACAAUAUAGAUUGGUAAUCAUAAAGUACUUGUAUUUAGCAUAUAAAUCUGGAUUAAUGUUGAAUCAGCCUCAAGAAACAAUUUGUUUCAUAUAGUGGCUAAUAUUUAUGUUUUCCUUUGAGAUAGACUUGCUUUGGUAAGGUAUCGUUGCUGAAUGGCUUUUAGGACCCUUUAUUAUAAAAAGGUGAAAGAAAAUAAGUACAUCUAUCACAUAUUAAAACACUGCAGUUUACAAAAGCUAAAACGUGGUGAGAAAGGCAUAUUUACUUUGAUGUAUUAUGAAUAAAGAGGGUUUAUCUUGUUAAAGUAUCAUAAUAUUGCAAGUGACUUAUAUAUAACAAGUUGUGCAACUAGUCUUGAUGUUUCAGUGACUGAUGAAAAGCAAACAAAAUAUUGAUUAGAAUAGACUUUGGUGUUGAUGAGGUAUAUCUUUAACUUCAACAACUAGGAAAUGCAUGUGUUAAGGCUAAUGUCAGUACAGAUGAAUCUUGUGCACCAGCACAAUCUGUAAAUAUUGCUUAAAAUUCAUAAUGGGGAUAAUUUUAACCUAUAUUUUAACAAGACAUCUAUAUUAAACUGAAGCUAUAAACUUUCUAACAUGUCGAAUUCAGGGGAAUUAAUAACGUUUGAAAUGUAUCUAUAUGAUACCAACAUUCAGCAACUAAUUUGACUAUGGUGCUUCUAGAUAAUAUUUUUAUCUUUCAGGACUGCUCUAGGGUUGUACUUUCUAAGAUAGGUGAGGUGGAUUUCUAGCAAGUAUCUUCCUUCCUAUUGUAAUAAAGUGUUUUUUUUUGCCUUCAGUUAAAAUCAUAAUUGUUUUUAAACGCAAUGCCAAUAUAAAUAGACCACUGUCUCCAAUAGAAAAAUAACCAUGAAAAGCAGAGAGGUAAAUGAAUGGGUCAGCAAAGAGGAGGAAAAUAAAAUUCAAAAGAAACAGCAAGUGGUAUAGGGAACAGUUCCUGUUUAGGGGGACAGAUGGUUGUGGUUUAAUUUAUUUAUGAAAUAAAGAUAAUGUCACCAUAGACCUAGAUGACCAGAGAGGAGUUGUGUCAUAGAAAGAGAUGACAGGUGUACAUGCAAACUGAGGGUUACCACGCAGCAGGCAAGGGGAGAGUUUGAGAAGGCAGAACCUAACUGGUAACCUUAGCUGGUGUGGGAAUUGAGCCCUUGCUGUUGGCAUCACUCCGCAUCACAAAGCAGCCAUCCAGGUCCUAUUAUUAUCCAAGUCCUGCUUUCAAAGCUGUGUUACUUUACCAGUGCGUUUUCAUUUCAGGGCAAUAAGUAAUGAACAGUAUUGCAAAACAAACAUGUUUAAUAGGUUGCUAUACUUUCUUUCGUAUGUUGCAGUGCCAUAGUCCCCUCCUCCAAACUGUGAUUCUCACUACCACAUCUCACUCCUGCCCUGCUUUCAGCAUAUCGUCAAAGUCCCAUUCCUGGGUUUAAAAAAAAGUCUUAAUGCCAUUACUGUACUUUUGGAUGUCAGCUUUUUUUAUUUUUAACAGAUACACAACAAUGAGACAGACCAACGCUCAUAGCAGUUACAGUAUUGUUUGGUUUCCUACAAGCAAUGUAACAGAGUUUUAUAGAGGUUGCCUCAAGUUCUAUUUUACGUAGUCAACUUUAUGUCUCAAACUGAAAAAAGAUUCCUAAGCAAUAGGUACGUUAUAUAUUACUAUUUUCACCAUUUGCUUAAUAAUUGGAAUGCUGUAAGGUGUAUUUCCAAAUAAAUUGCAAAGAAACUUGUAGCAGUGGAGAUCCCAUGUUUCAUAGCUCAUAAAACCAGAAAAACUUGUUUCUUUUUGCAGUAUGUAUCAAAAAUAGAGCUUUACUUCUGUACACAGGUAGAUUUAUAUUUCAAACUCCGAAGUUUCUAUGCAAAAUGUUCAGUUAGGGAUUUCAUGGGUUGCUGUCUAUUGAACAAAUCAUCCAGUGAAGUUUGUGUCUGGUGAAUAUCUCUACAGAAUCAAGGUAACCCAGAUAUGAUGUACAGUAUCCCUUGACUCUAUUGUCAAUCAGCCAUAGUUGUGUAGUUCAGGCUAUAAACCAAUGACAGUCAUUAUAGUGUAUAAUAAAUUACAUCUUAAUUGGCUGCCUUGAGACUAUUGUAUGUUGCUUUCUCAUAAAUUGCAAGUAAAACUCAGUAUCUUGUGGCCUUAACAUCCAUUAAUUUGGAAGUUUUCUGUACUGUCUUCAAAAUCUAGCUUAAUCAGUGGAUUAGAUUGACAUUGCAGUUAAAACCAUUCCAAAUAAUGCAACUAAACACUGCUGUACGUAGCAAAUAAAACUGCAGGCCAAGCGCUACAGUGAAAUAUAUCUAAUAAUGAUGCAAUUCCUUACAAUUAAAUUUGUUUAAAAAAACAUGCUGUAAUAAAAAGGUUUAACAAUUUAGACUUGACUUGCAUUGAUUUGAUUUCAUUAACCAUUGUCAAACAAAGAAUUUUGAAAACUACUUUUCAUAAAGAUCAUGAUCCUUUAACUAUAGAUUUAUAAUACUUGCAUAUAGCUAAAGAAUGUUAACUGUAUAUAGAGCAAAAUGGUGACUCUCAAAUGUCUCAAUUAAUUUCACAACACUAAUCUGAUGUGCAGUUUUUAAUUAGACUGUUGAGUUCUCUGAAACAUUAGCCAUAGAUAUUUGUUAAUAUUGAUAUAAAUGUCAGUAGGUUCUGUUGGUGAUAAUUUUUUCCAUUUGUGGCUACGAUGUUUCAAAUGUUUCAACGGCAAGGAAUAGCACAUACAUGACAGUCAGUAUAAUUCACAUCUUUUAUGAAGAUGCUGCAGUUAGAAAGAACAUUUCCCCUUAUUUCCCCUUAAAUCUCAAAAUCAAUUUAACCAUUUAAAAUAAGUACUUUAGAAGUGUUUCUGUAUCAAAAAUUGUGUUUUAAUGGAGUUCUGGGAAAAAUAUAGCAACUUGGUGUCAAGAAAGUCUGCAAAGAAUAUUUGUAAAGCAGAAAUUGCUCAGUAAAACAAAUGUAGUCACUCAGACUCUUAAAGAUGAGAAAUGAACUGUUGAAGCAUAUGAUAAUUACAGCUACCGAUAUCAGUUUGUUUUCUUGUAACUUUAAUAAGUAAAAUAAUCAUGCUGAAUCUGUAAUGUCUUACAAUUUCUCAUAGUUAUCCAAUUUUCAAAUUAAUCAAUGUUCCAGAAAUAUGCUGCUCCUCCAUAGACGUGAUUUUGUAUUGAGAGGAAGACAGACAAAGAAUGUGAUAAAAAGAGAAUUGAGAAUGAGUGUUAAAAUAAACAAACAAGUAUUGUAUGAGCAUUGGGAAGGUGAAGGAAUUUUGAGAGUGGAUAACAGUUGAAAACAAAUAAGUAAAGCUAAAGUAAAUAACAUUACAGGAAUCAAAGAGGUCAGGGUGUUUCAGAAAAAUAAAUGGUACAUACAAUACCCAGUGGUCUAAGCAUUGACAACUGCAAACAGGAGAAUUUAAAAAAAACAGAAAACACGGGCAAGUAUUAUACCCUUUCACAGAAUGGGUAAUAUCCCAAAAUUAAAAUACAAGUGAGGAAUUUGAUAUAAAUUUACCAAGCAUUUGUAUGGUAUCAAGCAAGCUUAUUGUUAGUAAAUGGAAAAAAAUAACAACGGAACAAAAUCGUGACUUUUGAGUAAUAUGUCACACCAUUGACCAUGACCAUGUAAUAAUGGGUUAAUAAUGUGACCUUGUUUUUCAGCAGAGCACUAUGGCUUCACAUGUAACUGAUUGCUGUUAAGAGUUUAAAAGGUUUGCAAUGUUAUGUAGGCUGCAAUGUAAAAUCAUGGGGAAGGUUUGGUACAAAGCACUGCUCUAGUUUGGACAAUUGUGGACUAUGUACGAAUUCAACAUUAAGUGUUAAUUGUUCUUAUUGUAUAUAUGCAGUUUUAGAAUAAUUGUUAGAUAUGCUGAUUAGUUCAAUGAGAUAAUGAAAAGCUGGACCAGGAAGGCCCCAAAUUCAGUUUCCACUGCAUGCAGUCGCAGCUGGGUGGAAAUAUGAGACACUACAUUUAUGUUGCGUAUCCAUGGUUAGCAAAGAGAAAAUCAACUAGGAUUCCUAUUUCUGACCAAUAACCAACAACUCCAAAAUCAAAUAAGUGUGUGAUUGGCAGGUGAAACAGUAUUCUGUUUAGUGAUGAAAGCCUACAAUAUUCACAAUGAAGGUUCUCACAUUAGCACCUGCAAAACGAAUUCAUUUUAACUGCAUGAUUAUUUACAAGUUGGGUAACUGAGGCAGUUCCAUCAGAAGUUUCUUUUGCAGAUCUUACACCCAUAGAUUGGAAUUUCAGAAAAUACUAAUUUUAGCCAAAAAUUGAAUGGAAAAGUGGGCACUCCUGCUGCCAUUUCAUAUUGGUCAUUAAAUAUGGUGAAGGGACAUGUAUUCUAUCAGACUUUACCUUUUAUAUGUUGUCCUAUUGCCAAAAAUACAUUUUUUUCCAGAGUAGCUAUAAUUACAAAGGUAAAACCUCCCAUCUUUGUGAGAGAGAGAGAAUAAAUGAAUCCUCAAUAGAAAAAGAUAUCAGUGACACAGAUGCAGCAUUUUCCAAGAAGCACUUUUAAGGAAUAAAAUAACUCCUGAAGAGUUGUGACUAAUAUUUAAAGCUAAAUAAUGUGAAGAAGUUUCCAAUGUCGGUGCAGAAAAUUAAGAAAAAAUAUACUUUGUAUAAAUUGCAAUUCCACAAUCAUCAAUGCUCGUCUGAAAAUAUUUUUUUUCCAAACCUGUCCUGCCCACAAAACUAGAGACUCUAGAUUGAAAUAACAAGGGUGAUAAAUUCACCACUUGCGUCCAUUUGCUAAGUGUGCCAAUUAGUAUCUUUAAAUGCAAAAGAAAAAAGCCAACAGUUGUAUUCUGUUGUGCUGACUAUUCGCACUGAUUCAUGGAUGAUUUUGUUUGAUUAUGCAAAUUUAUUUUAGCCGAAACUUGAACUUUAACCUAACCUGUGCAGUCUAAAGCUUAUUUCCUAAUUGUGCCCAAAGGAGAAACUCUGUUUAUCUUCAAUAUUGUGUUGAAGAGUGAGAGUUCUGCUGGUACUAUAUUCCUGUACAUAAUACAUCAUGUCAAAGUAAAAAAACAAAUUUCAACAAAGCACAAUCUUGACAACAUACUUUUAAAUUGAAUUAUUUGUUAUUUAUUCAAAAAUAUGUGUCACCUAAAGCAGGGGUAUUGUUUAAAUCUGUUAAAUAACAAAAUUCAUUUUACUGUGAACAGUGAUUUCAAACCUUGAAGCUAAAUUAUACUUAGAUUAAUUGACAUUUGAAUAAUAUCUGGCCAGUUUAGAAUAUUGACAUGUCAUAAUAGAACUGCUAUAAACUCAAAUGUUGCAAAACACAUAAGACACACUGCAAUCUUUAUUUGUGAAUUUAAGCUGCAGUCGUAACAAAUGCUUAUCUGAUUCAACAUAUCAUGGCACUUUAUAAUUUUGACUGUGCCUGUAUCAGUCAUAAGAUUAUGAAUUGUGUUAUACGCUACAGUUUACCUUGCAUUCAGCAUUGAUGUAUUGCAGCUGUUAAGCUGUUACUUCUGUGAGCUAACACUCAGGAGUAUGAUAUUUGUUUUAUAUCUGAAAGUAUCAUUGAAGGUAUCCAAUUGACUAAAUCAGAAGCUGAUCUAAUAUCCGUUAAAACACCAAAAUUUACUAUGGACCAGGUAUGAACAAAAUUCACACAUCAUACUACAAGUUGAAUUUGCAACUUACAGUGAGUGGAACACUUUGCUAAUUAAUGCAUAUUUAUGCAUUUUAGCAUAAAUACAUUUGAAGAUGUCCCAUUGACUACAAUCAUUAUUGUUUAUUAAAUGUCACUAAAGUUUUUUUCCUCUGUUUUACACUGAAUUGAGUCAGAAUUCUAGUGUUUUACAAAAAAAGAAAUAAACUAGCUUGUGUGCACUCAAUCAAUUUCCUCAAGUUAACGCUGCAAAAAUGAAUCCCAGUACAUAGCUGAAAUAACUAAAUUUUGAUUUAAAACUGCUUUAUAAAUUUAAGAACUAGGAGCAGGGGUAGGCAAUUCAGCCACUCCAGCCUGCCCCGCUAUUUCAAACGAUUCUGGCUGUACUCAUCUUGGUCUCAACUCCACUUUGCUGCCUGCUGUCCAUAACCCCUCAACCCAUUACUUAUUUAAAAUCUCUGUGUAUCUCCUUAAAUUUACUCAGUGUCCUAGCAUCAGAAGUAGAUUCCAGAUCUAUGGCUCUUGAGAGAAGUUAUUUCUCCUCAUCUGUUUUACAUCUGUUCCCUUUAUCCUAAAGCUAUGACCACUUGUUCUCAAUUGACCAAAAUGAAAAAACCUCUUUUCUACACCUACUUUGUCAAUCCCUAAAACAGGUUGCUCAUAUUUAGUAAUUUAGCCACACCAACACAUUUUUAUGUUCUGAUGCCCUGACAUUCCAAUAGUUACAAUUCCAAUUUCAUGUAAUUAGAUCACAUCCAAUAUAUCCAUCCAGCCAUAAAACUUGAGAACUUUGCAGGUUUAAGGGGAGAACAUCUUGUUUUAAUUAAAUAACCAUUUAAAUUCAUUCCUUAAGUCCAUUUACUACAUCUCCACAAAAGCUCCCACAUUCUUCGUAUCCUUGAUCUGGCUAAUAUUCCUGUCAGCAUUGUGAAAAUAGAAACAUUUUUCAAAAAUGCUUUCGAUUCUCAUGGUGCUUAUGGCGGCCAAUAUGCCUUCAUUCAAGAUACUGCACGCUACAUAAAUGCUGGUUCCCAACUGGAAUGAGGACAGGAACUCCAUAAUGAGUAUACACUUGCAGCUUAGCGUAUUCCUCCCCACUGCUAUUUGUCUCAUCCAGAACAGGUAGAAAUUCCACCCUUUAUUCUAGGGAAGAGCAAAAAUGUAGCAACUGGAUCUCCAUCGACUCCCUGGUUCUCCCUGGAGUUAUGGCAGGAGGCUGGUAAAACACCUAUGAUAUUUCCAACAUAUUUUCUAGAGCAUGGUCACUUUGGGUCCGCCACGUAUUUAACCAACGUACAGAUAUAUAUAACAUUAGUAAUUUUGUCACUUUCCCAUGCCCUUUAACAAAGACCUUUUCUGUAUAGACUUGUAUGACAGAUGAAUCUUCAACCUACAAAUUAAAUUGAAUUAAUUUGUAAAACUUAUUUUUGAUUAAACAAUGUUAUGUUGGAUCAAAUUAUAUUUAUAUGUUCAAGUAUCUGUAUGACUGGUCAAGCUUGCAAAGCAGGUGGUUAGAUUAGUAUGAACACCAAAAAUGUUCAAUGGAACAAAUAUGAUUUCAUAUUUAUAGUAUUUUUGUUUGUAAUAGCUUUGUUCUUAGAGCAUUCCUGAUUCAUGUUUGCUGCUAAAUUUAUGCCUUGCCUGGGUCUACAACUUAGAAUGUCUUAAAUAGGGAACAAGAUUGCAUUGGCAAAAUACACCAAUGCUAAUGCUGCUUGUGUUGGGUGGACUUUUGCUGUCUCUACCUUAUGUUUUACUUUAGCUUGAACUGUUCUUAGCUGCUAAAUCAUAUUUUGGAAAUAAAUAAAUAUUGUAGUGUGUA